GGGAAGCGGGAGAGGGGUUAAGAACCCGUGUUCGUUCGGAUCCUUGGAAUCGGAUACAGGCCGUGGAGAUCGGUUUGGGGUGGGAGGGCGGCUUUGGUCGAUUUCAUCUCGCGCAGGUGCCCUUCGAGGAGUCGCGGUCUGAUAUGGCAUUGGGUUUUGUGUAUAUCAGCCUUUGAAGAUAUAGAAAGAGUUGGAAAUGUUGAUUAUCAAAGUGAGGCCAAUAGUUUGUAAGAAGAAAUCAGAAACUUAUGGUUUGGUCUCUUGAACUAAAGUAUUCCCAAAUUAUUGGUAAUUAAGACCUGAUGGUGGAAAAAUGAAUUCUAUAGGAAGACUAGGGUCCAUGACAGAUACCUCCAAUGUAAUUUUGAUUUUUUCAGAGCUGUUAUCCUAAUUCACUUAAGGUGCUGGGAGCCUUUAUUGAAUUGCAUUCGGGAAGAAUUGCUCCUCAGGAACAUAACGUGGUUAAGCCUCUUCCUCGAUUACAACAUUCCCUUGUGCAGCUUCGUUUUUUAAUCUUCACAUGCAUGAAUUUGAACUUUGACCUGCAACUUGGAAGUUAAGAAGCAUAAUUGCUUUCUUUAUCAUAGACCACAUAUAUAUAAUACUAUUAGGUCACCAAAAGGAAUGGAUGCUUUUGAAGAGAGCUUUUGGUGGGGUAAACAUUCUUCUGGUAUGGCAGAGUUCUGGAGUUCUCUUGGUGUCUAUUUAAUAUCUGCAUUUAUUGGGAUUUUGUCUUUGGUUUACUUGUUGACCGUAUGGCGGCGGACUCUCAGUUUAAACUGGAUGAAGGCUAUAGCCAGGACAAGGAAGCGUAGAAAAGCAAAGCAUAAGGUUCCAGGUGUUGCUCAUAGUUGGAGCGCAGAAUCUGGUUCUCAUGCGAAAGGUCUAAAAUGUUGUGUGUGCUUGGAGGAUGUGGUACCACCUCAACCUCUUGGACAGAUGAUGACUACGAAUAGUUCAGUAUACCUGUGUGAUGUUUGUGGCGCUGCUGCACACUUGGCAUGCUCUUCAAAGGCACACCAAGAUUGCAAAUGUGUCUCCAUGAUAGGUUAUAAACAUGUAAUCCACCAAUGGACUGUACAAUGGACAGAAGCAGCUGAUCAAACUGAAGAAACUCCUUGCUGCAGUUAUUGUGAAGAGCCUUGCAGUGGAUCUUUUCUUAGUGGCUCUCCAGUUUGGUGUUGUAUGUGGUGCCAACACCCCGUACAUGUGGAUUGUCACAUAAAUAUGGCUAAUGAAACAGGUGAUAUUUGUGACCUAGGACCAUUUAGGCGCCUUAUCUUGUCACCACUCUUUGUGAAGGACUUGAGCAAGACUGAAAAAAGUGGUUUCCUGAGCUCUAUAACACAUGGGGCAAAUGAACUGGCAUCUACUGUACGGGGACAUAUUAUGAAUCAGACUAAAAAGUACAAGCAUGACAUGGAAAUUUCUGUUGAUUCUGCUGAUAACAAUAGUACAAAUGGCUCAUCUAAGGAUAGCAUAGCAGAUUCUCACUCAGUGUCUAAGGGCUCCCUUGGUAAUGGUGAACAUUGUAAUGGAGUCACUGAAGCUGGGAAUCGCCAUCAAGGUGGUGAUAGUGAUCAUGAAGAUGUGAUGAAGGCGGAGCCAAGAAGAAGUGCCUCAUUUACUAAAAAAAAUGAUUAUCAUAAUAUGGUGAACAACCAAAAAUAUGAAUUCGUCGACAUACCUUCUGAUGCCAGACCACUACUUGUUUUCAUUAAUAAGAAAAGUGGUGCACAACGUGGUGACUCAUUGAGACGUAGGCUGCACAUUCUUUUGAACCCUGUACAGGUCUUUGAGUUGAGUUCGACAAAUGGGCCAGAGGCAGGAUUAUCUUUAUUCAGAAAGGUACCCCACUUUAGGAUACUUGUAUGUGGUGGAGAUGGUACAGUUGGUUGGGUGCUUGAUGCCAUAGACAAACAAAACUAUGAAUCACCUCCACCUGUUGCAAUUCUUCCAGCUGGCACAGGCAAUGAUCUUGCAAGAGUUUUGUCCUGGGGAGGUGGUCUUGGGGCUAUCCAAAGACAAGGAGGUCUAUGCACAGUUUUGCACCACAUAGAGCAUGCUGCAGUCACCAUUCUUGAUAGGUGGAAGAUAACAAUAGAAGAUUUGCAAUCUAAGCAUGUCCAUCCCCCGAAAUUUAUGAAUAACUAUCUAGGGAUUGGAUGUGAUGCAAAGGUUGCCCUAGACAUUCAUAAUCUUCGUGAAGAAAACCCUGAAAAGUUUUUCAAUCAGUUCCUAAAUAAGAUGCUUUAUGCAAGAGAAGGUGCAAAGAACAUCAUGGAUAGGACAUUCGCAGACCUACCUUGGCAGAUCAGAUUAGAGGUUGAUGGAGUUGAAAUAGAGGUUCCUGAGGACGCAGAAGGAAUACUUGUUGCAAACAUUGGAAGUUAUAUGGGAGGUGUUGACUUAUGGCAAAAUGAGGAGGACAACAAUGACAAUUUUGAUCCUCAGUCAAUGCAUGACAAGAUGAUAGAAGUUGUCAGUAUCAGCGGGACUUGGCAUCUGGGGACGCUUCAGGUUGGGCUUUCUCGAGCUCGGAGACUAGCACAAGGCCAGCUAAUUAAGAUUCAGUUAUUUGUUCCAUUCCCUGUUCAAGUUGAUGGGGAGCCUUGGAUUCAGCAGCCAUGCACAUUAGCAAUAUCUCAUCAUGGCCAGGCUUUCAUGUUGAAGAGAGUAUCAGAGGAGCCGCUUGGUCAUGCCGCUGCAAUAAUAACCGAUGUGCUAGAGAAUGCUGAAAGCAGCCAUGUGAUCACUGCCUCACAGAAACGGGCCCUUCUACAGGAGAUGGCACUAAGGCUUUCAUAGUACCUGGGCAAAUAUCGAUGGCUAUUGGACACCUUAAUAUCCUUUCCUCCAUGAAGUUGAAAUCAUAAAUCAUACUGUGGUUUUUGUAGAUAUCAGAAAAUUCUUGUACAUUAUACAUAACAUCUUUGUUCUUUAGUUUGUAUGUUUUCUUUAUACGUGUCACUUACAGCUGCCUAUAAUUAGUAUCAUGGAGGCUUGACAUUGGAUCUAUGUCCAUUUCCUCCUUAUGCUUGUGGGCUCGUUGCAUAGUCCAUGUGAAAUUGUACUUUACAGUUCAAAACUUCUAAGAUUUGUUACUGUCUUUUCCUUGUUAUGUUUCAUAAAGAAUUAUUCAGUGAAAUUUUUGGAAAAGGUGCAAAUACUUUGCUGUGGUCUAUGUGCAUAAACUAAAGCAAGAGAUCACGAAAAUGGAAGAUGAUACAGCUAGAAGCAUAGGAGUUGAAGGGAAACACAGAAAGAAGGGACAGCAACCUGUAGUAUGCCUUGGCAACAGUGUACAAGGAGAAACAUUUUGUUUGUUAAUAGUUUGGACAAGGUUGUAUAUUUCUACUUGCUUUCCUCUCAUGUUCUUCAGUGCGUUGGUAGUUUUUCUGUGUGUAGAACUGAUGCAAAUUUAUGUUGAUCUUCAUGCAUCAGGGCCCCGGCAGAGGUCUGGUUUAAGCUGACCGUCGUCUUCGAAAGGCCCUCUUGAGCUUCUUCCAGAUCUUUGGGACAAUCCCUCUGCUCUGUCCCGCAUGGCUGGAAGAGGUUCGGGCUCCGGUAGGGUGAACAACCAUGCUGGGCUGCGUGCAGGGUCCUGUCGAUCUGGUUCACCACUGCCUUGAGCUCCAACGAGUCGUACAGGUUGCCGCUCUGCGUCUUCCGGUGAUUCGGUGUCCACCGGGGUGUCAGCGCAUGGCCGAGGAGGCCGAUGAUGGUUCGGAGCUCAUGCCAGUCGAAGAGGGAGGUGGUGGCUUGGUCUCUCUGUCCUGGCGACUGCAACUGGAUCAAGGUUGUCGAUGACCUCGGUGGCGUGGGUGAUGCUCUUUCCAUCUGCAAGAGAAGAUAUUGAGGUGUGGACGUUCACUUCUCGCUCGACUGAUUGCAGGUAAAUCGUUUCGGGUUCUAUGCAUACCAUACAAGAGGAUGAAUUGGAUAUUCAACAUAAAUUCCAAGACAACAAGACAGACGAAGCCAACCAGCAGCGCAGGUAGUAGCACGACAAUGCGCACGGUAACUGCACCGGUUGUGGUGUCGUUCUCUCUGCCAAAGCUACCGUGGCGGAGGAGUACAUCACAUCUUCUCGCCUUCUCUCUCCCCAUUGCCACUACCUCUCUAGGUUAUGGAUUACAGCCGUAGGUGGGCCGAACCCCAGGCGCCGCCGCAGCCGCCGCCGACGUACCACCACCCCGAAUCCCACCUCUACAGCGCACCGCCGCCGCAGCCCGUCCCGCAGCAUCUCCUUCCCCACCCCGUCGCUUACUAUCCCUAUCCUAAUCCUCACCCCAACCCUUAUCCUCCUGGCGAUCCUGAGACCGCAGUCAGACCUGACGCCCAUGCCAGUCACCACCGGAUCCCAGCCGAUCCCUAUGCCAGUCGCCUGUACGCAACCCGUGGUGUGCACGACGGCCUUCACCCGGUGCCCUACCCUUAUCCUGGACAAGAAAGUCCGCCGGCGGUUCCCGGGCCCAUCCACCGCCCGUUCCCGGUAGAUCCCUAUGUCGGUGGCUUCUACGCUCCCCGCGGUGGGCACGAGGUCCUUCACCCGGCAUCCUGCUCAUAUCGCGGAGGAGAAGGUACGGCGGGGGUUUCCGGGGUGUCGUUGUACUACCACGGUCGUGGUGGUAGCGAACAACAUGGAUUCGCGGUGGAGGCGAUUCAUCCAUUCCCCGGCGCUAAUCCACUCGGUCAUAGCGCUGGUCAACCACAAUUUUCUACGGAACUGGAACACCCAAUUCCAUCCCAUAUGCAAUUCCCAGAUUGGAACAUGGCAAUGCAUCCUACCUCUAAACUAACAAAGAAAAGGACCCUGAAAGACCAGAAGUGGACCACCAAAGUAGUGCAAUCAGCAUAUUGUGAAGUUUGUAAGAUCAACUGCGACACUCAGGAAGUCCUGAUGAUACAUAAACAGGGGAAAAAGCAUCAGAAAAAUCUGCAGAAGCUACAAGAGUCUGUUACAGCAAAGGAAAAAGAAGAACCUAUAGCCGCUGUGGAGAAGGAAACAUCCAUUGUUGAGGAAGAAAAAUAUGUAGGUGAACAAAAAAGGAAAAGAGGUGCUCUAGCAACAACUGAGGAGUUGGAGGAGAAAAAGCGCAGGGUUCUCGAGGGAGGGGCAGCAGCAGAAGAGGUGAAGGUUUGCACCCUUUGUAAUGUAGUGGUCAACAGUCAGAAAGUAUAUGAAUAUCACAUUGCGGGGCAGAAACAUGCAGCCAUGGUGAAGAAACAGCAAGAAGCAAAAGCUGCGGCUGAGAGUUGAAGACAUUUAUGUUCAGAAGAAGAAGCAUUGACGCAAUCUCCAUGGUGCAUGGAGGAGGUGUACUCUUUGUUUCUUGAUCGUCUGUGAUUCUGGUCCUACCCAUGGUGGAAACUGGUUGUGUUCCGUGGAUCAUUUGUUUGUCGACCCAUCAUACUGUAGCAAACGAGCUCGAAAUCGUGGUAGAUGGUGAAAUAUCUAGAACUUUUCUUCACCUUAACUUGGAUUCUGUUUAUGCCAGUGAUGUUUGUUUAUGUCAACUGGGAUUCAAGACAAUCUAAUUUACUUCUCUCA